AUGAAGGGACUCAUUCUGAUUACCGGUGGUACCGGCUUCGUGGGGUCGCACAUCAUUCAGCAUGCCCUUGAUGCUGGCUUUCCCGUUCGAGCUGUGGCUCGUCCAGGUAAGGCUUCGGUUAUUCACGCCAUGAAUCCUAAUGCGUCGGGCCUAGAGGUUGUCGAGGUGAAGGACCUAGCAGACGGCGACUUCACCGAUGCUUUGAAGGGAGUCGAGGCUGUUAUUCACUGCGCCGCACCAAGCUUUGCCGACCCGACUACACCAUCUUUAGUGGUCUGGAAGGGUGCUUAUGAUGGCACUGUUCAUCUUAUCGAGCAGUCCCUGAAAGCGGAAAUUAAAAAGUUUAUAUAUACGGGGACAUUUAUGAAUCUAUUCGGAGAUAAUGGCAAAUCAGCUUUUGGUGCUGAGUUGGUUGGACCAAGUGACUGGAAUAUGAUCAAACAAGAGGAUGUCUAUAUGAAGGACGAUAAUCCUGCUGGUCCUGUUAUGGCGUAUCUCGGCGCCAAAGUACUUGCUGAGCGUAAGAUGUGGGAAUUCGCUGAAGCUAACCCUCAGGUAGAUUUUACCUCAGUGAUCCCGAGUGGUAUCUAUGGCCCUUUCGCCAAUAAUUUCCCAAGGCCGAGCAACAUCCCCGGAUUAAGCACCAACCAAUUCAUCUACAUGCUCCUCAACGGUGGCCCCGAAGGCCCCAAUACAUACCCACCUAUAUUCGUGGGUCAUACGGUUGAUGUUCGCGAUGUUGCGAAAGCCCAUAUUUUGGCUCUAAGCGCAGACCCACUUCCUAACAAGCAGCAAAAGCGUUUUAUUUUAUCUGAGGGCGUCCAUAAAUGGCCUGAGGUAGCUGACAUGGUACGCAAAAAGCGGCCUGAACUUGCGCCACGCAUGCCGGGAAAGGAUGCUGUCCCGCCGACACAGACGGAAGCGCCACUGGACACCUCCUUGGCUCAAAAGCUCCUUGGUUUUGAGUAUCGCCAGUGGGAAGAAAUGUUCCUCACUGGCAUUGACGAGUGUCUAAAAUGGGAGGCUAGCCGUGUUUAA